AUGCUCAAGGCCGUAAUGAUAUUUAAUAACCACGGGAAGCCACGGCUCAUGCAGUGGUAUCAACAGAUGGAUGUCAAGGUUCAACAGGAAAUGUUGAAGGAAAUCUUCCGCCUUGUCAACAAACGGCCAGAUCAUGUGUGCAACUUUCUGGAGGGGAGUGAACUUAUUGGCGGCCAGGACACGAAGAUAAUAUAUAGGCACUAUGCAACGUUGUACUUCGCUUUCGUUGUGGACUCCUCUGAGAGCGAGCUAGGCAUCCUUGAUCUGAUACAAGUCUUUGUGGAGGCAUUGGAUAGGAUAUUCUCCAACGUUUGCGAACUGGAUUUGAUUUUCAGGCCCGAUGAGGUCUCGCAACUGCUUUCAGAGGUUAUUUCGGGAGGGAUGGUACUGGAGACCAACAUCACGGACAUCGUUGCAUCCGCUGGGAUCAAAAAGAUUACAUCCGCCAGAUGA